AUGGACAAUCAACCGAAAGCGGCGUCAAUGCGCCAAUUCUCGACGCGAUUCCUGCCGAACGAUGGCAUUCCCGAGUACAACGCGCUCUUGGACUCGCAUCUAGGCAAGCGACGGGAAUUUCUUCUCGGGAACAGACAUUCGCUGGAGUUAAUGCAGCAGACUGGAGUGAUUGAACGCGUCGAGGCCCAACCAGACAACCCCAACCAGUACGUGGUGCACAUAGCCGACAAGCCCAUCCACAGACGCAAGCGGCUGCCUCCACGUUGCGUCUCUGGGCCCUUGCAACUCCCUGAGUCGCAGACGAUGCCGUGGCGACAACAUUCCGCCUCGAGAGAUACGCUGGAGCUCAGACGAAGAGAUAACGCCCAUGAACUACUGGGCAAUAAUGGUAAUUGUUACGAUGUGAGCGCAGCCAAGAGAGCGAAUGCUGCCACGUUAAGAGGAUUGAGUCGAAGUUUCAGCUCGAAUACUGUGCUAAGUACUUCUUGUAAACCGGUAUUAAAGUCAGCAGCAGCGAAUCGAUUAGCGCUUUUCGGCUCCACCAAGUGCAUUAAAGGUACCGUGGAGCAUUUACUGGAGAGUGAUGCGGCGUUCAUGACUCAAAUCCGGACGAUGAAGGACCAACUCGCGGAAUUGGAAAGUAAGAAAAUGUAUUUAGACUCGGAAAUCGGUAAUUUACGACGUAAAUUACGCGGUGUGAACGCUGUCCGAGAGAAUGACGAGGCUGUAGCGCACUGCUCGUCCAUCAUGCAGCAUCGAUUGUCGAAAGCGGAAGAAGAAUUCAUGAAGCUCGUCACACAGCAACAAGAGAUCAAGAAAGACGUGGAUCGAGUGCGCCGUGAACUUUUGUCCAUGCGGAAAGUGCGCCAGAAACUGCAAGAAGAUAUCGAGGACGUGGCGCAGGCGAAUCAAAGCUAUGAGGAGAAGAUCUACGCAUCAAAAAGUGUACGCAAUCAAUUGUCAGAGGAGCUGAGUGAGCUCGAACGCAGCGCGGAAGCGGAAGUGGAGGCCCAAAGACUCAAUCUGCCGCCUGAAGAAGCGGUGGUUGUGGAUGUAGCCAAGCUCAUGGGCGCAGUGAAAGAACGACGACACGCGCUGACCCUGGUGGAUUAUUGUGUACGAACUGCAUUUCGAGUACUGCAGAAUUCAAUGGGAUGUUCAAAUGUGGGGGCACUGGAAGAGCAAUUUUCGACUACAGAGGAGCAAUUGCUGUCCAAGUAUAAGGCGAAUCUUGCGCUAGCAGACGAAGUUUCGGCGUUAGAGAAGGAGAUUCUUGCGGUGACUAACGAAAAGAGAAUGAACCGUGCGAACGUACGCGGAGUCGCCCAAGCGAGUGAAAAGCUCGAGCGGGAUAUGCAGAUCCGUAUCCAGAGUGUUCUCGCGAGUAUAAAGUCUUACAAUGAGCUGCGUGAACAGAGGAAUCGAGAACACGCCAAGCUGCGUGCCAUCAUGUUACGGUGUCUAGACGCUCUACAACUCGACGUUCGAGGAUCGAAGACUCACUGGGCUGACGCCCCGUCUCCGGAACUCUUGGAAAUGUUACAGCGGAAAAUGACACAAGUUGCAGUCACACUUAAAGUCAAACACAGCUCUCGGAUCCUGGAGAUCCCUCCCGAAGCGCUGAGGACGAAUCGCGGACACGACGGUCGACGCAGUAACAUGUUCUCAGCACGAGAGACGUCCAAGAUCGUGCUGGGACCGCGUGAACCUUCGGGCUCUGCGCUGUCAGCCAUCCUCGGUACACAUGAUGGAAGUGAUGCGUGGACUGCAUCGCUCUGUUAG